CUGAGCAAGAGUCACACACCGGGAAGGAAGGAGCAAGAAUGCCAGUCGGGCGGAGUGGAGGCUCCACUAGGUUCAAUGACACACCCCAAACCCUUUAUUUUAGACCGAAAAUAUAAGUAAGGAAACCGAGGGAUCAUCAGAAAACUGCAGUGCAACGUCUUAUUUUUUUCCUUUCAUAAAAGUGUUGUCCUUAAACAGCAGAGAUGAGAGGCACCUUUUCUCUCGGUUGGAUCUAUCAAGGCUGGAUAACCUAUCUCCUCCUCACCCUCCUCCUACAGACAGCCGUCACCAAAUCCCUCCAUUGUGGUGAAACCCAAUACCUGAAAGGCUCAAAGUGUUGCAACAAGUGUGGACCAGGCUACCGUCUGUUUGCCGAAUGCUCCGAUUCAGAGGAGACAAAGUGCCGUAAAUGUGACCGUGGUGAAUACCAGCCUGGCUGGACCAAGGAGACCCACUGUCUGCAACAGAAGUUCUGUGACCAGGGUAAGGGUUUCAUGGAGAGACCUGAAAACCCCACAGCGGAGGAGCCAUGUCGCUGUCUGCCUGACUUCCAGUGCUCUCCCAUCAACUGCGAGUACUGUGUGAGGAUACCAAGCUGCAAGGCUGGAUAUGGACUCGAGACAGACCCCGAGUCCGGUAACAGCAGACGGAGCUGUAUGCCAUGUAAUAAAGGCUUUUUCUCAUCCGACACCACAACAGAACCCUGCAAACCAUGGACCAACUGUAAGGCUCUGGGAAGGAGCGAGAGAGAACCAGGCAGCCCUCAGACUGAUGCUGUGUGUGGACCCCUCGUCCCCGGUGUGCCGAUCUCCUGGGUCAUAGUGUCCGUCCUGUCAGUCAUCACUGUUCUCUCUCUCCUUAUCCUGCUCCUCUUCUGUUAUAAGGACAAACUUAAACUACUCUCAGUAAACCUGCGGUCAUGUGUCCAGAAUCUGAAGAGGACCAGGAUUCAGCAGGAAACCUUGGCUCCUCUGUAUCACAGUGGAGGAGGAUUAGGAGAAAGAGGAGGGCUCGGGGCUAUUGACUGUAGAGUCUGUGAGACCACCAAACUCAUCUGCCAGAUCCCUCACACCCCCACCACCGAGCCCGCGUGUACUUACCCCAUCUCCGUCCCCCUGCCAGAUGGACCUCACCUCACCCCAGGAACAAGAGAGGAGGAAGCAAUGAAGGUGACAGCUGGAAAGGAGGAGGAGGAGGGUAGCGGUGAGCCGGAGGAGGUGUGUGAAGGGGAGGAUAUCAUGAGUGUGUCGCCACUCCGCGUUGGCUCGUGCGUGUGCAUCACCGUGGUGCGUGAGCCACUCGAGGUGGGGGAGAAUGAAGACUGCAGCCAGGCUGUCAGCUCGGGGACUCUGGGAGCCUGCCUCUGCAGAGGGGUGGAUGGAGAGAGGAGCAGAGAUGAGAGAGGACAAGAGGAAAAGGGCCAAUGUGGAAGGAGGGACAAUGGGGAGGAAAACAUGGACAUGGAGCAAGAAAAGACAAAUUCAUCCAAGAGCGAGGCAGCUGCUGGAUCUCUCUGGUCUCUCUCUGCUCUUCACACCCACACCUCUGCUGUUGUCUCCCAGUCUGGCCCACUUCAUGAACUCUGCCUGCCCUUGUCCCAGGCUCAGACAAGGCCAGAGGAGAAACUUCACCUUGCCAACCGGGCGCAGGUAAAGGGAGAGGAGUUAUACAGACUGACGAGUAUAGACUCCAGCUCGACGGAGGAGACCUCACCGACGAUGGCCUCCACAGUGACCUCAUUCAACCCCUCGCUGAGCUCCUCCUUGUCUGUUGGAAAUCUCUACCUAGAGAAGUCCGCCGAGGCUUCCGGGGAGGAGCAGGGCCGGCGACUCUCCUGGAUGGAUGCCGAGGGAAACAAGCUCCCCUCUGAGGACACGGUGCUGGAGUGUCACCCCGAGAGCCUCCACAGUCAGAUGGCUGAACCAGCACUUACCUCAGGUCAGGUGACAGGGAACCACAACACCACCUUCAUCUCCAGCGGGCAGGUGAUGAACUUCAGCGGCGAUGUCAUCGUCGUCUACGUCAGUCAGACGUCGCUCGGCAACGAGGGGGCGGGUCUUGAAGAUGCCUUUGGGAGCCCCGUCCAGGAGCAGGCCAAUGAGACGGCUCCGUUGUUCCAGAGCAGUCUGGCAACACAGGGGGAAUACAUUACCCACAACCCCUCACAAGAUGGCACCUUACCUGUUCAGGAGGCGAUGAACGAGUGGCCAAGGGAGAAGUGACACGUUGCAUGUGGCUUUGCUGAGUGUUAGAAAAUGGGAAAUUGUUCCUCAACGCAAUGAUAAGCUCCCUUAUGCUAGUUAAGGAAACUGCAAAACCAAGCCCACUCCGGUUAGUGUCUGCGGUUUGCUUCAGCCUUUACCUGUGUGGUUUCCUAUAUGAACUGGACUUAUAAGGUGACUGGGAGGAGAACAAUUAAGGUAAAGGAAACAAUUGCUCUAAACCCUCAUUCACCCAUUCUUGGUCUCCAAACCCAGCUCUACAAAGUCCCCAGUAUUUUGUCUGAUUUCCCCCCAAAACCGAAUCACCGAACUUUGGCUCAGACACCCCUAAUUGCCUGUUUUCAUUUUCCAGUGGAAAGAUGAAGGGCUGUUGCUGAACGGAAACUCCCUUUUGUCCAGACACUGACGGGAAAUUUGCUGAAAUUGUACAUGGAAAUAGAGUUGAGACUGACAAACGGGAAUGUUUUCUUCAUCAUGUAGAAAAUUCUGGCUGGUUCCAAUAGUAAAAAGAUAGUAGAUUUUCUUACUCCCUUUUUCUUUCGAGUGAUCAGUAAAUGGGACUAAGGAAACCUGCAGACCUGCUGUAUGAAGAUGGCGACUUCCCUUUUUUUCCCACUUUUGAGUGGGUGUUGACUUUCAGAUGGUUUUAAGAACGUCAUCAGGAAUACCCGAUACCUACACCACUCUGACCAAAUGAUUACUGACAUGAAAGUAAACAAUGGGCAACAAAGUUUGUUGCAAUGUUGCCUUUUAUCUUCACACAGUUAUCACAGAUGUGGUAACUUAAUCAUGCAGAUGUUUCAAAAAUAAGAUGAUUAUUUUCAGGCUCAGAACAGGUGUAUGCAUGCACGCCGGAAAUGUUUUAAGUAGGGGGGCUGCCAACUAAAACGAAAAGUAUUGCGGAAGAAUGAGUCGAGAGGCAGAGAUCUCUUUUUAACCGCAACUCCCGUGGCCCCCAUACACUGCAUGACCCCAGGAGGGCUCUUUUAGUCACACCAGACAGAACAGACCAGAAUUGACUAUAACGUAGCGACCCCCCCCCCCCAUGUCCCAAAUGGGGACAUCAGUCCCAGUCACGGUCCUACAGCCAGUUACGCAGUAAACGGUCUCCUACUUAGUCUGAGUCGAAACCCCAAAACAACAACACAAGAAUAACCACAACAUGAACACCGCAUCAUUAAAACACGUUUUUUUAAUCUAACAUUAACAGUCCCAUCAGCCACUGCGCUCCCCCAGCGCAGAACCGCCGACAGUCAGAGUGACCGCCUUCCCUGGUCGCUACAGUAUGACGUCAUUGUUUUGUUUGUAAGGUGCGUGUGUAGCAGAUUUGUAAUGGAGUGUUUACAAAUUUUAUUAUUAAAAAUGUACACUCCACGCAGCCCUAGCCCACCGCUUAAAAUAAAGGUAGUGUGACGUGCAUGGAUAAGGAGACAAGUUAGCCCAUGGCUACCGGGUCGGAGCCUUUAGUCGAGCGAUUAGCGAUGUCUCCCGCAGUGCGGGAGAUACUGGUCCGCGUGCCGGCUGCGGCGGUUCGUGCCCCCCCGAACUCGCUACAGUAUGUUUUAUUUGAUUUUAUUGCAUUUGUACGUUAGGAAAAGUUAAGCAUACUGUUGGGCAAAGGUGGACACCCCGGCUUUAGAAAGUAAAAGUCCUACCAUGUGUUCGUUCUAGCCAUUCACUAAACAAGGUGAUUUCACUCUAGACCUGGAUGAAGAGUCGUGCUAACUAAAUUCAGCGGGUGUAGUUUAUGGGUGGAACAAAUAUGUGGCAGGACUUUCACUUUCUGAAGCCGGGUUAUCCACCUCUGCUGUUGGGUCUAAGAUGUUACACAGCCACCUGCCACCACUGGGGGGUGCACCCUCCACUAGCUCCCUCCCUUCCUGCGCUAAUAAAACUCAUUAUUUCCAGCCCAGGACAGGUAGCUAGCUCAUCAUCAACAGGAAGCCGUCAUCUUCACACAGGAGUUCCUUUUAUUUAUCACAUUAUCUUUCUUUCUUGGUUUGUGGGAACUUUUACGGGAAGCUACUCCAAGCUAGUUUACAGGAACGAGACACAUCCAGUUUUGGUACGAUAAUUACUUUUUCUGUUUCUGGAGUUGUUGUUCUUAUUGCACCACGAGUGCAGUUUGUUUCUUAGAGAAAAAAAAUGCUAUGCAUUUGUUAAGUUAUAUCAUUGCCAAUUUGUGUUUUUUUUCAAUACGUUUUUAAUAUGCAAGUCUUAAUGAAGAAAAUGCAAAAUGUCUGCUCAUUUGUCCUAUUGAGUUUGAAUAACUUUGAAAAGCUGAUUGUAGAUUAUGUUUUAUGCACAUGUGAUCUUUUUUUCUUUUCUUACGUUUCAAAGCCAAGUGUGAUGUAUUAAUGAAACCAAAGAGAUUAAUUCCCUAAUGUUAGCUCUUUGAUUUGAAAUGGAGUUUCAUGAAAGUGGCGCCAUUAAUUAAUGGCAGACAAAAUGCACACAUGACAGGAGCUGAAAGGGAAUGUUUUAUAAAAACAGCCUCACCAUUAUGUAGCUUUAUAUUAAUUAUGUACAUAUCCAAUUAAAUCAAAUACGUUGAAUGACUGAAAGACUAUUUUGAUUGAAAUUAAAUAUGUUUUGCAUCAAAUCCCUUUA